AUGGCAACCGGGAAGCCCGUAGUCCUCUUCGUUCACGGAGCCUGGCACUCCCCAGGUCACUAUAAGUCCCUGAUUGCCUCUCUACAACAAGCCGGCUACAUUGUUCUCGCACCGCAACUGGCCACAGCUGGGCCGGACGACUCAAUCAUCGGCAAGUCUAUCUCCGACGACGUCGCGCGUUUGAGCGAGGCCGCAUCAUCGCAUCUUGAUGGCGGCCGAGAGAUUGUCGUGGUAGCUCAUAGCUACGGGGGCAUCCCCGCGACGCAGUUCUGCGAAGGGCGUAGUGUGUCUGAUCGUGCUGCGCAAGGUCUGAAAGGAGGAGUCAGGGCCGUGGUGUACAUCUGCUCUUAUGCACCUACGGAGAAAGGGAAGAGCUUGAUGGAUUAUGACCCGGUCGGGGACUUCUUCGAUAUCGACGGCGAGAAGGGUCUUGCAGUACCCCACCGCCUAGCAAUUGAGCGCUUCUAUAAGGCUGAUAUCCCCGACACGCAGACGCAGGACUCGCUAUACAACCAUCUUGGAAACCAGAGCACGCCGUCCUUCUCCACGGGCAUUACCUUUGGGGCUGCAGACAUCGCGGUGCCCAAGACCUAUGUGCUGUGUACGCGGGACAGCGCCAUCCUGGCGAAGUGGCAACGUGUGAUGGCGGAGGGCGCCAGUGCCAGGAUUCUCGAGAUCGAUGCUGGCCAUUCACCCUUUCUUGUCGAGAACCACGUCAAGAAGCUGGUUGAGGUGAUUGGAGUUGCGGCUGGCCAGGAGUAG